UGAAUGGGUGUGUUCUAUAGGCUGCUUUUAGAGAAAGGGAGCGACCCCUCGCUCAUUCCAGAAGUAUCUUUCUCCCGUCUUAUUUGUGCACAAUAUUUAGAAUUGUGUUCAGUUGGUUUGUUUCCACCUCAACGUGAUGGAGCGAUACACGUGGUCGUCACUGCUACUGCUUUUCUUUCAACUACAGUCCAGCUCAAGUUUGGUAUACAACACGCACACAUUGGAAGCUCCCCAUGACUUGGAUAUAACGGAUCCGGGUUACCUGGGGCUCCUCCUCGUCAAGUGGAGCGCUCCGUACGGAGCCCUCAUGGACCCCGCAUGCAGAGUCCGCUUCUACCUCACUUACUUCAACACCUUCCUCAACCGGUGGUCUGUUAUCCGAACCCCCAGCACCAGUCAUCGCAUCCAGGUCGACCUGUCAAAAGAACUUAAAGUCAGAGUGCACUCCUUGUUGAACGGUCCAUGCACCAAGUACACGGAAGUCAAGAGCACGCGUUACGCAGAAGUGGUCAGAUCCCCUGGUCGGGGUAGUGCUGUGGUGCAGCGGCUGGGCUGUGUGUUCCACAGGAUGGAGUACACUAACUGUACGUGGGAACAAGCCAACCACACCUCACUACACCGCCUCUACUACUGGUACGUUGACUCUGGGGCCACCCAGGAAUGUCCCGAAUACAUCUUCCAUGACGGCGUCCGCAGAGGAUGCAGGUUCACUAGGGGCCAGCUCCCCGUGUCUUCACUUGUCAGCAUCUGCGUCAACAGUUCUUCUCCCACCAGGGCAUCUGAACCGGCUUAUCUAUAUCUCAAAAUCCAUAACCAUGUGAAGACUGCGGCCACAGAAGAACUCAGCCUCAAAGUUGUGAGCGAUGUGGAGCCCCGGUUGCAGCUUGAGUGGACACAACCAGUUGGGAGGGUACCCGGUCACUGUCUGCAAUGGGAGGUGGAGCAUGGCUCAGAUAGAUCCAACGGCAGCCAACCGAGGAAAAAGUGGACCGUAACCACGGAAACAAGCCUGAGGAUGCCGCUCCCAUCUGAUACAGAGAGGUUUUGCUACAGGGUUCGCUCGAAACUCGCUGACUGCUGUGCCAACCAUGGAAUUUGGAGUGACUGGAGUCACUGGGAAUAUUACCUUCCUGCCAAACGAUGAUUAGUUCAUGCAGGAAUGGCUAUCUUAUACGUUGUUCAUAUAUAACUUAUACUUAUACUUACUUAUAGCUGGACAUUUUGAAAUGCCCACAUGCGGAGGAAAAUCCUUGUGUGUGCAUGUUUUUGUGUGUGUAUGUCUGUGUGUGUGCGUGAGCGUUUAAUUAACCACCUGCGUUGAAACAACGGCGCUAUGGCGCCAUCUAAUGGUUAGAGGCCAACAGGCCUCUCUCUCUCUAUUGAGCGCCGAUUGCACACAUUUAAUCUUUAAUCCUGGCAAUUUAUCCUACGGUAGCCCAUUUUAUCGUGUACAUUCGUACUGAUCCUGGGCUUGUUAAAUAACUGUUUGUUUCCUUGGACAGAAACAGAUUUAAAUGUUGUUUUAGGAAAGCUUUCUGUCCCAGGGCAUUUGAACCUGCAAACAAAUAUUAUUGAUCCGAAAAGAGAGCGAGACACUUUGAAAUGGAAUCAGAUGUGCCGCUGACAAUAACAAUUGAGACAGAUUAACAAAAAAAAAAUGGAAGACUUUUGUACAAUUUAUUAAAACUUUUUUGAUCAAUAAAUAAUCACGCCUCUGAAUACAAACAUUCA